GCCGGAUCCGCGGUGAGCCUAGAGCAGGGCCGCCCUGCUGCAUGUCAGGACAGGGUAACAAGUGCACUGUCAAAAAUAUGCGUUGUCUUAGAUGGUCAAUAAAGUAGUGUGAUGGGCCUACGUGGGGAAUCAGACUCGAGGACUCCCAUAUGUCCACGGUGUGUUUUCCCAGUUUUUCAAAUGUCGGGGAUAUGGAGGCUGGAAGGGAUCAGAGUCAAAAGAUAAGUGAGAUUUGCGUUAAUUGCAUCAGCUGCGCAGGGUCUGCUGGCUAGAAGCUCGUUAAGAGACCAGAAAAUAAAAGGCACUUACAGACCCUGGGAGCUCAAUAAACUCCCCAGUUGGGCCUAACCAAGGGGAAUCUGGCUGUCGUGUCAGGGUGCCAUGCUGCCCGCAGGACAUAGAUUUCAUAAGCAUAUUAAACAUCCAGAUGUGGUAGCCAGUCGUCGGUGUGCAGUAAGAUCAUGGAGCUGCUGGGCCAGAAUGAGAUUGACCACCACCAGAGGCAAGUGGUCAUCCUCAGCCAGGACAGCUUCUACAGGGUCCUCACCCCGGAGCAGAAGGCCAAAGCACUAAAGGGCCAGUUCAACUUCGACCACCCAGAUGCAUUUGACAACGACCUCAUAAUCACAACUCUGUGGGACAUCAAGGAGGGAAAAACAGUUCACAUCCCUGUUUAUGAUUUUGUUUCCCAUUCCAGGAAGGAAGAGACAGUGAUAAUGUACCCUGCUGAUGUGGUGCUGUUUGAGGGUAUCCUGAUGUUCUAUUCUCAGAAGAUUCGAGACCUUUUCCAAAUGAAGCUGUUUGUGGACACUGAUGCAGACACACGGCUAUCUCGCAGGGUGCUGCGUGACAUAAGCGAACGUGGCCGGGACUUGGAAAGCGUUCUAGCACAGUACAUCACCUUUGUCAAGCCUGCGUUUGAGGAGUUCUGUCUGCCAACAAAGAAAUAUGCGGAUGUUAUAAUACCAAGAGGAGCUGAUAACAUUGUUGCAAUAAAUCUCAUAGUCCAACACAUCCAGGAUAUUCUAAAUGGUGGUUUGACCAAACGGCUGAACGGGUGGUUUAACAGUUACGGAACAACGAAGAAUGAGCCGAAUGUGGAGUCCAGCAGUCGGCCGCACUGAACACGGCGCUGUCCCGGAGAGAGGAAGGAAGGUUCACCUGCACGUGCCGAAUGUGCUCCACAGUGAGGCUAACGAGGCAGAAGUAACUGCCCGGAAAUCAAAAGGCCUGCUUUUGAUAUGAUUCUGCUUGGAUUGAGGAAAUCAGUAAGAAGAAGGGAAUUCUUUCCCAAUGGGGCUGGUUUAAAGCAGUUGCAUUCAGUUUUCUUUUUUUUCUUUUUUGCUUGGGUACUGUAUGAGAUUGAAGGGGGGAGAAAUACAAAGGGGCUCGCUUGUAAUUUAAUUUAAAACUGCUGCUUGCCUUUACCACAGCACUGAAACGGAGAAACUAAAGAAGCAGUAAUGGUGUCUACAAAAAGAUUUCCGAACACUUGAAAGCCUUUAGCCAUACAAUAAAUGCAGUGUAGCAACAUGCUGUUUCUUGGCAGGGCCCAACCCUAUCCAUCUACAGUUAAAGGUUCACCGUGCGACCUGCCUGACCCUUUAUCAAUGCAAAUUGCCUUUUUUUUUUUUUUUUUUUUUAAUUUUCCAAGCUCUAUUUAAAGCAUAUUUUGACUCAUAGAAAUUUUGAACUGAUGUACUGAUGGGUUGAGAUUUCUGAUGUUUGUGUCUUAUGGCUCCAAGCUGCACUUGCUUUGUCAUGUGAAACUCUAAAUUAGUUAUUAAGCAAAUUAAACAACCAAUUUCCACCUCAAAUCAUGUGAUGUAUGACAUCAUCUCCAAAGAUAAAUUUGUUUUUUUUGUGUGUAAUCGUUGAUUUUUACCUUAAUGUGGUAUUGACAUGACUGUGACGCAUUUAAAAAGAUGUCGAUGUUAUAUAAAAACAGUCAAUUAUGAUGUUACGGAAUUACCACGGAAGUAUUAUUUUUCUUUGAUUCCCUCAAACUUGAAUCCUCAGAUGCACAUGUAUGCAGGUUUCACUCAAAAGAAGAUGCAUUCAGCUGCAAACUGUCAAGUACAAGACACCCAAUGUAAAUGUGUUCUGUAAAUGUUUAAUGCAGGUUUCUUCCUGUGUAUAUAUAUAUUUCUUAUGAUAAAGUUCUCAGGUACUCUUUGUUUUCUUGAGUUGACACAUCUGAAAAUAACAAA